CCAGCGGCGGGACGCGCCGUCGGGGCGGGCGGGCGCCGCCGCCUCCCCGGCACCGCGCAGCGCCACAGCAGCGCAGCGCCACAGCAGCGCGCCGGGCAUCCCUCGGGCGGACAGAGCCGGCCGCCGCGCUGAAGCCGCUGCGCGCCAUGGCCGUCGCCUACCUGCUGGGCAAUGGCUCCGCGCCGCUCCUCGCCGGCGCCCUGGAGGUCCCCUUCGCCAACGCCUCCGCCGCCGCCUGCCGCCCCGCAUCGCCGCCCUGCGCGGCCGCGCCGCCGGGCGCCUGGGGCAACGCCUCGGUGGCGGCGGCGGCGGCGGCGGCGGGCUGGAACCGCUCCGAGCCCUGCGGCGGCGCCAAUGGCAGCGCGGGCGGCGGCGGGCCCUGCGCGGACACGGGCGGCGGCCCCUCCGUGGUCACGGCCAUCGCCAUCAUGGCCGUCUACUCCGUGGUCUGCGUCGUGGGACUCUUCGGCAACUUCUUGGUCAUGUAUGUCAUCGUCAGGUACACGAAGAUGAAGACUGCCACCAAUAUUUAUAUUUUCAAUCUUGCAUUGGCAGAUGCCCUAGCAACAAGUACUCUGCCAUUCCAGAGUGUGAAUUACUUGAUGGGAACAUGGCCAUUUGGUACAAUCCUUUGUAAGAUCGUUAUAUCCAUAGACUACUACAACAUGUUCACCAGUAUCUUCACACUCUGCACCAUGAGUGUGGAUCGCUACGUAGCUGUUUGCCACCCAGUUAAGGCCCUUGAUUUCCGUACCCCCAGAAAUGCCAAAAUUGUCAAUGUCUGCAACUGGAUUCUUUCUUCUGCAAUUGGCCUGCCAGUUAUGUUCAUGGCAACUACUAAAUACAGGCAUGGCUCCAUUGACUGCACACUUACGUUCUCCCACCCUGCUUGGUACUGGGAGAACCUCCUGAAAAUCUGUGUGUUCAUCUUUGCCUUCAUCAUGCCAGUCCUGAUCAUUACCGUGUGCUAUGGGCUGAUGAUUUUACGCCUAAAGAGUGUUCGCAUGUUAUCUGGCUCCAAAGAGAAGGACAGAAACCUGCGAAGAAUCACCAGGAUGGUUCUCGUAGUGGUGGCAGUGUUUAUCAUCUGCUGGACUCCCAUCCACAUUUAUGUCAUCGUUAAAGCCCUGGUCAACAUCCCAGAAACUACUUUCCAGACUGUCUCCUGGCACUUCUGUAUUGCUUUAGGGUACACAAAUAGCUGCCUUAAUCCAGUCCUUUAUGCAUUUCUAGAUGAGAAUUUCAAAAGGUGUUUCAGAGAGUUCUGCAUCCCCACUUCCUCAACCAUUGAGCAGCAAAACUCCACCCGAGUCCGACAAAACACUCGUGACCAUGCUUCCACUGCCAACACUGUGGACAGGACUAACCAUCAGUUGGAACUUCAAGAAGCUGAAACUACUCCACUGCCGUGACAGGGUGUCCUGCCGCAUAGCUCUCAAAGCCCUUGCACACCAGUGCCACGGUGUCUCUGGGCAGUAUGCUAUGGGAAAGUGUGGGAUACACUUUCCCGCAAAAAAAAAAAAAAAAAAAAAAAAAAUAACCACAGAGGAAAGUGCCUGCUUUUCCAGUCUGUCAAAAAUUGCUUCUGCAUCACUCCUACAUUGCGCGUAACAGAAGCAUGAAACUUAUCAGCGAGCAGAGCCAAGAGGUGCGGGGGCUUGCCAGGCCCCAGUGUUCAAAACAGUCAUGUUUACCAGGAAAACAUACAUUAGUCUAAAUAAAGGUACUGUACCUGUAGCGAUCUGACAUGCUUUUGGCAAGUGACAGUGGUGUUAAACAGGUUGGAAAUAAAAAUUCAAAGGCUAGACAACUAUAGUUUGAAAAAUAAAGGUGAGAUUUUACGUAUUGGAAAAAAUGGGAAACUAAGCUGUACUACUGCUGGGUAUUCGAUUUACUCUUAAAAUUUAUUUGUAGAGAUGUUUUCUGUCCAGAUUAUUCGUGUGCUGAAGUCUCACAAGGUCAUCUAGAAGAAUACAUUUGCAGUUCAAGAGGUCUUCUCUUACAAGGAUUGCAUGUCCCACAAUUUCAAAGGGAAAAUAUUUCUUUCAGUGCUCACUUACCAAAAAAACAGAACUCCAAGCUUCGCCUGCUGCUUCUACUUCUCACAUAAGAAAUAGACUUUAAAACCAAAACAACAAGCUAUCAUUUCUUCUAAAAGAGAUGAAUAAAUGAAAGUAUUCCACGUUGUUACCGGUUGUCGAAUGAUCCCCAAAACAGCACGGACUCUAUUAACAUGAAUUCCCGUGUGAAUAGCAAAGUAGUGGUAAGCCUGUCAGGGCUGGCACAGGCUGCUGAUGACUUCUCUUUCAACUAGUUUCCCAAAUUCCAACUGCCCUGUCAGCAACUUUUCCAACUUGUAAGUCAUUGACAGUCCCUAUGUGAACUGCGUGGAGCGGUUAAAGCAUUAGACCUUACAUUUUGCUAGAAAUCUAUUUUUUUCUUAACCAAACCCAUUAUAUGUUUGCUUUUCUAACUAAUGUAAUACAGUCUGCAUCUCCAUUUUGUAUUAUCUGCUAAACACAUUAAGAUUUAUGGAAGAAACAUUGUACUGAAGUGAUUGCCACCUUAGCUGUUUUCUAGUAUGAAAAAUAGAAAUAUCCAUGUAGAUAAUUUGUGAUGCAAUGGUAUUUUCCAGCCAUUGUUUGUUACUUGCUUUGUAAAUAAAUCAUCAGUAGUUUACCAGGGGAAAAUGUACUUUGAUAAAUUUAAGUGUAUUCUAAAAUACAACUCUAUGGUAUAAGUUGUGGUUUUUUUCCUUUUUAUUUCUGCAGCCAAAAUGUAUUUCUUAUUUUCCUUGUUAAAAACUCUGUAACAAUAUGCUUUUAAUGUGAAAUUGUUUGUUUCUGACACAGACUGCGUAAUAAAGAUUGAAGGCCAAAUCCUUGUAAGUUGUAAAUGAAAGUAACACAUGCGUUUCAUCAGCGUGUUGCAGCUAAAUAUGUAGCCCUUUGUAUCAUCAGAAUAGGAAACUAGAUAUAGCAGAAGUGCCUUAAUUUUUUUCCCUUUUCUGUUGAAAAUUCCACUGUGCUGUCAUAGAGAUUUAGUAUUUAAUUUUGUAUUAGUUUAGCAGGAUCUCCUUUACCAGAUACAGUUAAUCUCCAUCAUUAAAGUUUAAACCAGGGUUGUCACCAUCCUAAGAGGUUUUGCAUCUAAUUUUUAAACAGUGUAAGAUAAGCACUCAGAAGAAUUUGACAUAUUGUUUUGCACUACACGGCAGUAUUAUUUAGAUAACAAGAAGAACAUAGAGUACACCAGAAAUACAAACAGGGUAGCAUCAUACAACGUCAUUACCAUCAGACAGGUUGUGAGUAGUCUGCCAUGCUCAGAAAAUUUAAAUACGUUGGAUGACCAUUUGAAGUCUCAACUGAUAAAUCAGAAAUACAUGUAAUUCAACUUAAAAUCAUAGUUUCAUGACUACUCAAAAGUUCAUCAGCUUUCACAGAAUUUACAUGAUCAAUUGAAACCAUUAUUUAUUUUGUACUUAGAAUGGAAUGGAGCUCACAGGCAAAAUACUACAACUUGCCUACAGGCAGCCUCGUAUUUUUAAAGAUAUUUUAGGUUUCUACAGUCCAAUAAUUAAUUGAGCAACCUGACUGUAAAUAUUUUUAGCAGUAAUAAUGUUGUUGUAGUCUUGAUGGUCUAAGGAUAUGAGGAAGAAAAUUUUAUUAGCAGAGCAUUAGCCAAAAUAAGUAAAAUGUCUUGGUUUUUUUCCAGAAGGCAUAAAUGUUCAUUGGUAGUGCUUUGAAGUAAGUAGCAUAUUAUUACACA